AUUGUCACUGGGAUUUUUUGGUUUUAUUUAGUGAAGCAACGAGUUCUUGAGAGACAGUCUCAUAAGCUGCAUUUGGGAGAAAAAGGAGAAUUGAAGUUGAUUGUCACAGACCCUGAAACAGCACUAGGUACUGAGGAGGAGGCGUUUGAAGAAAAAUUAGUUCCCCCAAAGGCUCUGGAUGCCACGAGCAAUCUCCAAACAAAAGAUGAUGCAGAAGCCUUGCAGAAAGCAGAGAGUUUUGUUCCAAAACAUGAACUCUGGGAGGAGGCUGGCUCUGCAGAGAACAUCGCAGAAAAGUCCGCAGAGGCCUUGCCUUCGGUGGUGUUUGAAAACAUACAAGGAUGCGGUCCAAAAUGCUUACGUAUGCUGUUGGAGAACAUCAGUGGUCUGGCUGAUGAUGACUUCACUUUGGAAGUGAUACCUGAAAUAAAUGUUGCUGUAGCUACCUUCAUGAAAAGUAUCGAUAGUGAAGAAUUUGUCAAAAAAUGUUCACAAAACAAGAGAGUUAAAAAAUUCAAAGUGACUGCCAGGCUUCUUGAAUUGACCCAGAGCAUCAAGGCUGAAAACAUACCGGCCACCGUUUCCGCAGACUACAUCACCGUUUACUUUGAGAGCGCACGGAACGGAGGGGGGCCCGUGUCGGAUGUCCAGCUCUUCCCUGAGGAGAACUCGGCCAUCGUUACUUUCUGUGAUCACAAAGAUCUAAAAGCUGUCUUGGAAAAGCAGCAUUUACUGGAACAGACACUGAUAUCUGUGCAUCCAUAUUACCAGUCCCUGGGAACAGCUCUCUAUGGAGAAGAUAGACCAACUAUCAAGAUGCCAGACCCCAUUGGGGUCCCACUAGAUCCAUAUGUCUGGCAGUUUUUACAAAGGCAGGCUAAACUGAUCCAAGACAUAAACCAGGAAAUGGCAAUUUGCCAUUGUGAGCUAAAAUGGCCACAGACGGACUGUGCACACCCAGAAAUUAUGUUGUGCCCAUCAUCAUCUCUCUCCGAGCAGAAAAAGCCAAUGACUAAGUUGAUCAAGACAUGGAAGCAAGAUGCAUCUGCUGAGUUCUUGCGUAUCAUGUCACGUUACAUAGCUAUAAAAUGUAAAGUAAAUUCACUGGAUUGGGAAAACGUGAAAAACAGAUUGGUGAAAGAUGUUGCUUUGAUCAUAACUGAUAUUUCUGAGGACGUGGUGGUGAUUGCAGGCAACAGAGCAGCAGUGGACAGUGCAGAGAAAGAAGUGAGGGAAUGCAUGGAAAAAGCCAUGAAGCAAAGUGAAAGGGAAAAACAAAGCAUAGAAAUUUCUGUGUCAGUGAUCCCAGGGAAGUAUGCCGUUCUGCACAAUGCUGGGCUAGAAGAGAAUAUUCACCAAGAAUAUCCGUGCUUAAAGGUCUUUUAUGAUGACACAAAAAAAACUAUUCAGUUGUGUGGAUUACCUGCGGAAGUAUAUAAAAUCAAAGCUGACUUACUGGAAAAGGUAUUGAACAUGCCAUGUACAUCAGUUACCAUUGAUACCCAUGUUUUCUACUAUCUACAGCAUGUAGAUAAUAAAACAAUGUCAGAGACAUUAUUCAUUAGGAAGAAAAUUAAUGCUUUUUAUGAGCUUGAGGGCGAUACUGUGUUGCUAUUUGGAGAUGCUCCCAAAGAUCUUUUAGAAGCAGAAGAGCAAAUAAAGACAGGCUUAGAAUAUCAGUGCAUUAAUGUGGAGGAUGGUGAGGUCAUUAAAAAGGAGCAGUGGAAGAGUCUUCUUGCCUCCUUGCGUAAGAAGUACAGUUCUUCCCGGAAAACUGUAGUCAUUGAUGAACCUGUUGGAAAAGAAAAUAAAGUGAUUAUUGCUGGCUUUUCUCAGGCCGUAACAGAAGUUUAUCAGAAACUUAAUGAUUUUAUAGAUAGAAACACACAUGUGGAAAAAGUAAUCCCAGCUGAUUCAGUGGCAGUAGUGCAAUUUGUAGAGAAGGAAAAAUCCAGUGUUUAUUUUGAAUUGAAGAAGAAAGGUGUGACAGUAUGGUUUGACACCAAGACACCGUGUAUUUCCCUGAACGGGCCAAGAGCAGAAAUGCCAAAAGCAGUCACCACGUUUGAAAAAAUUGUCUCAUCCCUUUGCUGGAAAAAUGUGCCAAUUGAUAAACCAGGAGCCAAAGAGUUCUUCACUGAGAGGAAAGAUUCAUGUGUUUUGGAGGCAAAGCAGAAAUUUAGCUGUUUGAUUAGGCUGGAAGAAGAACAACAACAACAACAGAAGGGUGAAAAAGUUGGUGAUAAAGAGGAAAGAAAGCUCUACUACAAGACAAUGCUGCCAAAUGGAGUUGUAAUAGCAGUGUAUAAAGCUGACUUGUGCGCUCAUCCUGUUGAUGUUGUGGUAAAUGCAUCUAACGAAGACUUAAAACACAUCGGUGGCCUUGCUGAGGCACUGUUAAAAGCUGCUGGUCCAGAGCUGCAGCAGCAGCGUGACGAGCUGGUGAGGAAGAACGGGAGUUUGCAGCCUGGGUGUGCAGUUAUCACGGGCCCUGGGAAACUCCCCUGCAAGAACGUCAUUCAUGCCGUUGGGCCCAGGUGGAGGAAGGAUGAACCAGAAAAGUGCGUGUACUUGUUGAGAAAGACAGUGAAGAAAAGUCUGCAACUAGCUGAAACAUACAAUCAUCGUUCCAUAGCUCUGCCUGCUACAAGCAGAGGGGGUUUUAACUUCCCGCUGCAGACGUAUGCAAACUUAAUUAUAUCCUCCAUCAAGGAGACCUUGGAAGAAUCCAUGGGGGACAGCAGCUUGAAGGAGGUUCAUCUUGUGGGUGAUGCAGAAGCAGUUCAGGUUCUGAGCGAGACAGUAAAGAAAGUGUUUAUAGCUAAAUCGUCCUCCCCUAUACUGCUGACGCCGUGCUCGAAAACCCGUAAGCUGAGAGAAGGCCAGAAGGAUAAGAGAAAAGAGAAUCUGCAGAUGGUUAUGACAAAUGAAGGACUUCGCAUCCUAGUAGAGGAGAAAAACAUUCAGGAAGCCACGACGGAUGUUAUUGUCAACAGUGUUGGCACAGAUCUGAAGUUUGGUGUGGGGCCUCUUUGCAAAGCCUUGCUGGAAAAGGCUGGACCAGCGCUCCAAGUAGAGUUUGACAAAGAAGUACAAGAACAGGUUGCUGGUCAAGGGAGUGUGCUCUGCACCACUGGAUGUGCUCUGGCCUGCAAGUCUGUGCUUCAUGCCAUACUUCCCGUGUGGGAUGGAGGAAGAGGACAGACCCAGAAGACCCUAGAAGAUAUAAUCAAUUACUGCUUGAAGAAAACUGAAGAACUUGGACUGAAUUCGAUCAGUUUCCCAGCUAUUGGAACUGGAGGAUUUGGAUUUCCUAAAACCGUUGUUUCUAAGUUAAUGUUUGAUGCAGUAUUCGCAUUCAGUAGUAGUGGUGCUCGGAAGUCUCUCCAAGAAGUUCAUUUUCUCUUGAAUCCAAAAGAUACAAAUAACAUUCAGGCUUUUACCACUGAACUAGAACAUAGGGUAGCUGAAAGUUGCAAUGCUGCAGCACCACAGUCAAGUUUCAUUACACCUGUUUCAACUGAAGCAUUGGGAGUUCAUGAAAUGCAGAUUGGUUCCAUUACACUGCAAGUAAUUAGUGGAGAUAUUACCAAGGAGGAUACAGAGGUUAUUGUAAGCGUAUCAAAUCCAACAUUUGAUGCCACAUCAGGGGUCUUCCAAGCAAUUAUGGAUGCUGCUGGUUCCAAGGUAAAAGAAGAAUGUACUCUAUAUG